GACACGUCCACUGUCAUUUGUCAGUGUGACAUUUUCAUUGUUUUGUGUGAAUGUAUCAUGAAAUGAAUUUAAUGUUUUUAAUUAAAUAAAAUCAUUUAAAAUGGGUAACGCUGACACAAAAUUAAACUUUAGAAAGGCAGUAGUGCAACUGACGUCCAAAACACAGCCUAUUGAUGCGUCUGACGAUAGUUUUUGGGACCAAUUUUGGUCGGAGAGCGUUACCAACGUGCAAGAUGUGUUCGCACUAGUGCCAGGGGCUGAGAUACGGGCAUUACGAGAGGAGUCUCCGAACAACCUGGCGACUCUCGUGUACAAGGCUGUCGAGAAAUUGGUGAAAACUGUCGACAGCAGCUGCAGGACUCAAAGAGAGCAACAAACAGCUUUAAACUGUGCCCGCCUCCUCACCCGAGUGCUGCCCUACAUGUUGGAGGAGCCUGAAUGGCACGGUUUCUUCUGGUCAUCACUACCCGCCGCAGCUGAGAAUGAGUCCGUGCCGCUAGCUCAGUCUCUCAUCAACGCUAUUUGUGAUCUCCUGUUCUGUCCUGACUUCACGGUGGUCAGCACGAAGCGCUCCGGCCCGGAGCGUGCCGAAGAGCUGUCGUCGCUGGACAGCUGCGAGUACAUCUGGGCGGGCGGCGUGGGGUUCGCGCGGUCGGCGGCGCGCGUGGCGGCGCACGAGGCGGCGCGCGCGGAGCUGCUGCGCCUGCUGCUCACCUGCUUCAGCGAGACCGUGUACAAGCCGCCGCACCACGCCGCCACACACCACAACAAGUGGAUCGCAUAUUUCACAAGCCCCGAGAACCGUCAUGCCCUGCCGCUGUUUACAUCUCUCCUCAAUACUGUAUGUUCCUACGAUCCCGUGGGACUCGGCUUGCCGUACAACCAUCUGCUAUUUGCGGACACGUUGGAACCAUUGGUCGAGGUGGCGCUACAAAUUCUGAUAGUGACGUUAGACCAUGAUACAAGCAAUGUUGUCAACGAAGAAUCAGAUGAGAGCCUUCCAGACAACCUGUUCAUCAACUACCUGUCCCGGAUCCAUCGCGACGAGGACUUCCAGUUCGCACUCCGUGGUGUCACGCGGCUGCUGAACAACCCACUCACGCAGACCUACCUACCCAACUCCGCCAAGAAGGUCAACCUGCAUCAGGAACUGCUAGUGCUGUUCUGGAAGAUGUGUGAUUAUAACAAGAAAUUCAUGUAUUACGUUCUGAAGAGUAGCGACGUGUUGGAAGUGCUGGUGCCGAUACUGUACCACCUGAACGACUCACGCGCAGACCAGUCUCGCGUGGGCCUGAUGCACAUCGGCGUGUUCAUCCUGCUGCUCCUGUCCGGGGAGCGCAACCUGGGCGUGCGGCUGAACAAGCCGUACGCGGCCGCCGUGCCCAUGGACAUCCCGGUGUUCACGGGCACGCACGCCGACCUGCUCGUGGUGGUGUUUCACAAGAUCAUCACCACGGGGCACCAGCGCCUGCAGCCGCUGUUUGACUGUCUGCUCACUAUACUUGUUAAUGUGUCCCCAUACCUGAAGACGCUCUCGAUGGUGGCGUCCACGAAGCUCCUGCAUCUCCUCGAGGCGUUCAGCACGCCGUGGUUCCUGUUCUCGCAGCCGCACCAUCACCACCUCGUGUUCUUCCUGCUCGAGAUGUUCAACAACAUGAUACAGUAUCAAUUUGACGGUAACUCGAACCUGGUGUACACAAUCAUCCGCAAGCGCGCGGUGUUCCACGCACUCGCCAACCUGCCGCACGAACACACUGCCAUCGCGCGCUCGCUGCAGGCCGCCAAGGGCGCCGCCUUCCUCAACACCGCCGCGCUGCACAGGUCGCGCAGCUCGGAGUCGGUGGCGGAGACGCCGAUGGAGGGCUCGCGGCCGGCGCAGCCCGCCGAGCCAGGUACACUCAACGCCACGCUGCCAGAAACGCCAGCCAUCGCCGCGAUGACGGAGCGCGAGUCGGCGCACCCCCCGCGCGCAUCCCCGGAGCCGGCGGCGGCGCCCCCGGCCUCCGCCCCCGCGCCCCCCGGCCCCGACACGAGCGCGCGCCUGCUGCCACGGCGCGGCGGGCCCGACGGCGAGGACGCGCCGCACAACACCGCCGACGACGACGACGACAAGCCCAGGACUGUCGCGCAUAGGGACAGUAUAACGGUGAGCAGCGGGGGGCUGCGGCGCGAGGAGGGCGGCGGCGAGUGGCGGCCGAGCGCGGAGUGGGUCGCCAGCUGGCGCUCCAAGCUGCCGCUGCAGACCAUCAUGCGCCUGCUGCAGGUGCUGGUGCCGCAGGUCGAGAAGAUAUGCAUCGACAAGGGGCUGACGGACGAGUCGGAGAUCCUGCGCUUCCUGCAGCACGGCACGCUGGUGGGGCUGCUGCCGGUGCCGCACCCCAUCCUCAUCCGCAAGUACCAGGCCAACGCCGGCACCGCGGCCUGGUUCCGCACCUACUUGUGGGGCGUUAUAUACAUACGAAACGUGGACCCUCCCAUAUGGUACGACACGGAUGUGAAAUUGUUCGAGAUACAGCGGGUAUGAUCGUAAGGAACUAAACACCAUCUAGCGUACAUUAUAGAUGUCGUCAAAUAACUUGAUCCAGUAUACGGGGCUUGCCUGAGCGCGUGAGACGAAAGUUGCCAGUGCGCUUAGAAUGUGGCGGAAAAAAACAUGUGUCGUUUCAUUGUGUUUGGUUGAGAGACUAACACAUGACUGAUGGCAUUGGUCUCUCGAUCACAAACAUCAAAAUUAAACAUCGACUUAUGAGUCGCGUUUUUUUUACGUUCUAAGGGGGCUGAUCUACCAAUCGUUCGGUACAUAUGUAGCUAGCUACCCCGCUGACAUAUACAAUCGAUGAGUUAAGUUGUUUGUCGAUAACUAAAAUAGGUACCACACUACCACAUUAGUAAGUUUAUUUUUCUACUUUACUUACCUUACAAACCGAACCAAUUGUAGAUUUUAUCUUCUAAUAUAUUCUGAUGUUAUGAGCAGUAGCGGAUUCGGGAAAUAAUUUGGGGGGUCGAUUUGCUUAUCUGAGGAUAUAAAAAGACUUUUAUAUUAAGUCCGUUAUUGGUUCGAUUGCUCGGGAAGAUGGAAUCCGCUAAGGUUUCAUUGGAUUAGUAAGGAGCUGAGGUUUUCUACCUGUGCCGGUCUACUUUGUUUAUACGUGAUCUCAUCCUCUGGCCGUAAUGAUAAAUACCUUUGUCAGUUAUCUGUCAAUUUGACAUUUAUGGAUGUAAUUAACAGAUCUUGCAUUUCAUUGUAGGAAAUAAAUAGUGAAUACACAGACUAUCUGAAUUAUUUAUAUGUAUUUAUAAAUAUUCUUCUGCACGUAACAUGACAUAGUUUUCGUUAAAAUAAGUUAACUUUUACUGAAUAUUAUACAGGCCCGUAUCCAAGACUCUAUUAUGGGGGUAAUUAAAAGUAAUGUUUAGAUAAAAAUCACUCAGCUUACGAUACAAAAAUCAAUCAAACAGCAUCAUGUUGCAAAGACAUUACACUUUGGUUUUUUUUUAAUUACUUAACAUAAAAAUUCCACUAAUUCUUCUUCCCUACAUCCUGUGCAUAGUCUGGAAGAAAGUAAAAUGUCAAUAAUUAUUACGAUUUUAUUUUUAAGGUAUAAACCUAGGGCAUGAUCAGUAAAAUUAUUUUUGCAAAUUCGAUUACCCAUAAUGUGUAUUUGAAAUUGGUUUGGAAUUAGAUAAAUAUUUUAAGUAGUCUAGUUGUAUAAUAAACAUUUGAUCAUGCUUAGUCAAAAUUAAAUUAUUGACUUAUAAUGAAAUUUAUGAGUAUUGGUACAAAUUAUUUCAACAUUCACUUCUGCAUCGCGAUCCAUGACGCAAGGCUUGUAUCACGUAUGGAAGGUGUGAUGGUGUAUUUAUUUAUUAUGAAACGUAAUCGACUUAUGAAUGAUGAAGUGCGGCUUUUAGAUGAUAUUUAUACCAGUUUUGUUAAGGCUUAGAACAAUGUUAUAUGUAUAAGUAGUGAGUAUGUAAAACUAUUUCAGAAUAUAAAUAUACGUAACUUAUCACAAUUUACGGCGAAUCUUAUUGAGAAUUCCAGACGUUUUAGACCAAAAUUGGAUUGUCCACAGAUUUUUCAGUUUUAUUUUGUGUAGAAUAAAUCUGUGACUUAUUUAAAGUUUUAAAGUUAUAAUUAUUUAGUUUUUCUACCUCUUCAAAAUAGAUGUGUAUUUGUUUUAUAGAAUUAUAAAUUUAUUUUACAAUGCUAUUGAAGACAUUAAUGCAAGAACGACCUGAUACUGAAUAUUUUAUUGAAGAAUGUAUAAUUUUAAUACAUUAAAAAUAUUUUUCUUGAUUCCAUAAUGAUCCUUAUUUCUUUAAGUACGGCUAAAAACUACAUUGUAAUGAAACUAUGUAUGAAAUUUUAAUGUUUUGGAAGAAAUAAAAAAAAUAUUAUGGAUUUUUAUUAUAGAAAUAAGUCGUCCUCGCUCUUCUUACGCUAAAUAUAAAAUGGUCUCGCCUAUAUGUAUGUCUUAUGGUCUUUAAAUUUUCAUAAAAUAUCUAACGGCGGUUUUCAAUAAAUGAUCCAACAAUUUUAAAUUUCGAACCGAUUCCAAAAAUAAACCAAUCAUAAUUAGUUAUUUGUGAGCAUGUCAAAAGAACUAUUGAUUGGUCCGUUUUUGAGAGGGUUUGAAAAAAGCGAUCGGGAUCGUUUACUGAAAGCUUUGGUACAUACUCCAAUCGUUUGGUUUAUUUAGCUAUUUGUAGUUAUAUUUGACAGCUAGUCAUAUUUUUUGUCUCUAUUAGUGCUAUUUGAAGAAUGAAAGGUUUUAUUUUAUUGUAAAAGGGUAUUAUAAUAAAGACAGCUAUGUGCGUACAUUUCCUAUGAACUGCGAAGUAAUGCAUUUUUAGAACAGGGCCGUAUUUAACACUCGGUCUGGGGGUCCCAGUCUGCAAUUAAUCUAGUUAUGAAUGUUUUUUCUUGUACUCUAAAUAUACCUAUUUGAAUAAUUUAUUCUAAAUUAUAUUAAUUGACAGUUGUAUACACUUAAUUAAAUUGGUGAACAAAUAAAACUUUUUAUGAAAAUUUUGAUUUAAGGUAAAACUGGUAUUAUUGGAGAUUUAAAAAAUAAUAAAAAGUAUUUAAAUUCAACAUUCCAUGUUCAGUAGUGGUAAUUGAAAUAAUCCAAACAAUUAUUAGGAUUCCAAAAUCAAAACAAAAACUUGGUAUUAUGAAUUUCUCUUAUGCAUGUAAUAUCAAUUUUAUGUAUACUAUCUUUUGUAAAUAAUAAAAAAAAAAGUAAAAAAUAUUUAAUAAUUUGUUGGUGUAAUUCGAUAGUACAAGUACAAAAAUUAUGAAUUUGUUUUUAUUUAACCCCUAUAUUAUCAUAAUGUAUUGACUUAAUAUAUCGAAAUACACUGGCCCAUAUUAAGUACCAAAUAACGUAUGUAUUAAUUUUUUAACUACACUUUGCACCACUUUCUGUUGUGUGUUAGCAUACAUGUGUAAUUUAGAUAACAUAUAUUUAUUUCACUUAUGUACUUAAAUGUUAAUGAAAUAUAAUAUAUGAGCUUAUA